AUGAGCCGCAACCCCAAGAAGCACAGGCGCCAGCAGGCGGUUCUCGUCCAUCAACUUUCACCCACUGAGCUGUGCGAGACAGCACCGAUACGGACAAGGGCAAGGCCGGUGUCCCCUCUACAGACGUCCGGGAUACUUCAGCAACUCCAAGCUGGAAACUCGGAAGAAGCGGUAGGAAUCGGCCUACCCGUUUUUCAGGCACAACCCAUGCCCGAGGCCUCGCCGCUAGCGACCCCGCAUGCCUUCGCAUACAACUCCCACUACUCACGCACGGAGAGUCUGGCAUCAUCGAUGGAAGGCUCUGCAGCACUUGCCUCCGCUUGCUUUCUGCAUAAUCGGGGCGCAAGGCCAUCAGUGCACUGCGUGCCGACAAACCAGAGAGAUUCUCAACUGGACAUGGUGCCAGAGUCCACCACAAGCUUCCCGCACAUGCCACUCGCUGGGAACGAGAGCCACGCGUCCUUUUUGGCGAGCUUCGUCACCGACUUAGCGAGUCGGCGCAGCUCCUGCAGCUCCUCCAGCUCGCUUGCCGUACAGCGCCGCGCAUACAACGACGCUUCCCCGGUCUCUCUCGGCAACCCGUCGGUAAUCCGCCACCUCUCGAAGAGGCGGGAGCGGCGCAUGUCGAAGGCAGCUAAGAGUGGGCGGAGCAGUCGCAGUAGCAGCAUAACAAGCUGUACCAAGGAGACAACGCCGCGCUCGCCGAUAGAAGACCAGCGCAGGAUGAGCCACCUCCCGCUCUACGAUUCCUUUUGCUCGUCCGCGACGGCCUCACGGAUUUUCAGCGCGGCGGGUGGGAAAUCUUCUCGAGCAAGGGAGGUGCAGCCGGAGAUGGGUGCCGCCGCCAACGUGUUGCCAAGCGACGACAGUUUUUCCUAUAUCCUACAUAGAGAAGAGGAGGAAACGGCUGUGAAGACGAAGUUUGGCGUGAAGAUGGUCCGGAGAACUACGCGGGAAAUUCGCCUGCCGAUUUCCGUCGACUCUUACCGAAGAGGCGACAGCGCCCAUGAUCAAGGAGACCCCAGUGGUCAAGCUCCCCUUGAUGAAACUCCAUCAGCCGUCCCGUCCUUGUUUGGCGAGCCGUCGAUAAACGACCUGGCUUCGGGCAUCCUCCUUUUUGACGGCGAGAAACACGGAAACGCCGAUCAGUAG